ACCAAAAGUUAUGCCUCGCCCCUUAUCCCUUUAAACUUCAUAUACCAUAAUGCAAUUCGGCAAGUGACGACACUCCCCCUCGGCACCGGUCAGUUUCCCUAAUCUCCCAAAGACAGCUGAGGUUUUCCAGGCGUGGGGACCCCGGCCCAAUACGGCGAAUUACUAGCGAAGCGUCGAAGUCUACGGUGUUUUGAAAUGGCGAAAACGUACGAUUAUUUAUUCAAGCUGCUGCUCAUCGGAGACAGCGGAGUCGGCAAGACAUGUCUGCUGUUCAGGUUCAGCGAGGACUCCUUCAAUACCACCUUCAUAUCCACAAUAGGAAUAGACUUCAAAAUCCGAACAAUAGAGCUGGAUGGAAAGAGAGUCAAACUUCAAAUAUGGGACACUGCAGGACAGGAGCGGUUUCGCACCAUCACCACAGCUUACUACAGAGGAGCAAUGGGCAUCAUGUUGGUCUAUGACAUCAGCAAUGAGAAGUCUUUUGAAAACAUAAAAAACUGGAUCAGAAAUAUUGAAGAGCACGCCUCGUCUGACGUGGAGAAGAUGAUACUGGGUAAUAAAUGCGACAUGUCCGACAGGAGACAGGUGUCCAAAGACAGAGGGGAAAAACUGGCUAUUGAUUAUGGAGUUAAGUUCUUGGAAACAAGUGCAAAGUCUAGCCUAAAUGUCGAAGAGGCUUUUUAUAACAUGGGAAGAGACAUAUUACAUAAUCUGAGCUCAAAGACAACUGACAACAACGCCGGAGGAUCAGGCAAACCUGUCAAGAUCACAGAGAAGAAGUCGAAGAGGAUAAAAUUCUUCAAGUGUACACUCCUCUAAGCGGAUCAUCUCUAGUGUUCACAGCUCUAGAGGGACUUUGCUGUUUCCGACCCGCCUCCCGGGCGUCCUCCCAGCAGCGAGCGCAGUGGUAAUAUUGAGAGUUCCUCACCGCCAGCUGAAGCUCACGGGUUCACCGGCGGUCGUGAUGCCAUCCUGAUUGGCUGCUGACCAGGAGAGGAUCAAUAAGGACUCAGGCCUGAUACUGUACAGUAGAUCCUCUCAUUCAAAAGACCUGUGCGUGACUGUCAGAAUUAGUUUUUAACGGGUGCUGCGGAGUCUGCUCACAGGAGGCAGAGAUAAUACCUCUGUUGGAUGUCCAGAGAAUUGUCUUUAUCUAAUAUGAUACAAUUCCACCUAGUUGUCUUAUAAAUAGGGGGGAAAAAAAACAAAAAUUUAUUUCAUAAAUUGUAGCAUCGUUUUAUACACUCUAUAUACUAUAAAAUAUAUGCUGUCGAAUGGACAUAUCAUGUCUCAGUAUUGAUUGUUCUUGUCUCUGUUGUUCAUGUAUUCAUAUAUGCCUACAGUCUCCUGUUGCACUGGCACCAUUUAUAAUUGUUAUUACGUGCCUCUAAGGAGCUAUCGUUUUGUGAUUUAAAAAAAAGUAUAAAUAUUACCUACCGUACUGAAGGAAACCUUCAUUUUAACAGGUUUGUGUGUCAAAAUAAAACUGCGAAAGGUGGUUUGUUUCUUGGGAGCUGUACAUAACUACAUAUAGUUGUGCCAUUGUCAGUAUUUGCAUGAAAGCUAUAAGGUGGAAAAGUAUUAAGCACAUUUUAAAGUAUCUGAGAAGAAUAUGUUUACAGAUUAUUCAAAAGUGUCAAUCAUAUCUGAAUUAAUGUUUGUGAUGUUCAAAUAGUGUCUUGAUUUUGGCCUAACUAACUGAUGUGUGUUUACUUUAUUUUCACCAUAAAAUGUAGACAUUAAACAUGAAAACACAAUAUUUGAGGAAAGCUGUUAUGUGAAUGAUUUGGAAUUACUGUUUGUUAAACCAAUGAAAGAGUAAAGAAAGUGAAUCUUUAAAAGAGAAAGCUAUGUUUUUUUCACUACUUUGUACUGAACUGAACUAACAUUUAAUGCACAGAAAGAAAAUAAAGUGUGGGAAUGAAU